CAGCUCCCUCCGUCCGGCGGGACGAGCGUUUCCUGCGCUCCCGCGGCUCCGCUGUCGCCCUGUGGAGCGGCAGCAGGUGCCCGCUCUGCUCCUCCUCGGCCAAGACGGGCACAGCUGAGUUUGCAGCCUGGAGGAGCAACCAGACCUCACCUCUCCUCUCCAAGACAUGAAGCCCUGACACUGGAGCCUCAGAGGGAAGGUACAUGUGUUUGUGCCCAAGGGGAUGCUCUUCCAUUUUCCCCUGCCCUGGGGCGAAGGACAUUGAAAAGAUGGAGAACCAGAGGAGAUCUCUCCUGGGAUGCGUCCACUGGGAAGCAGAAGAGGAGGGGGACGAGGAAGAUGAAGUGGCUUCUGGUGCUUCUCCUUCCAGCCAAAUGAGCGAAUUGGAGGACGUGCAGGUGGAGAUGCUUGAAAAGGCGAGGGAACUCUUCCAGCUCUGUGACAAGGAUGAGAAGGGCUUUAUCACCAAGUUGGACAUGCAGAGGCUUCAGAGUGAGCUCCCCCUAACCCUUGAGCAGCUGGAGACUGUUUUUGACAGCUUGGAACAGAAUAAUAAUGGUUACCUGACACCUGUGGAGUUCAGCAUGGGACUAGGAAAGUUAAUAGGAAUCGACUUGUGUCAAGAGGCUGGAAGGACAGAUCGCUCCAGUCACGAGGAGACCUUUGAGUCAGGUUGGUCAGAUGACAUGGACCCAGCAGACGAUGAAGAGAAACGAUUCUGCUCCAUGAUGGAGCAGCUUGGAGCAGCCCAGGUGUUUGAAGAUCCUAGCGAGGUUCGAGAUCUUUGGGCCCGGCUACGAAAGGAGCGGCCGGAGCUCUUGGCCAAUUUUGAGGAGUUUCUGCUGCGUGUUUCCUCGUACAUCAGGGAGGUGAAUCAUGAAAAGGAGUCUAUGGAGCGGGCAUUGAAGCGAAAGGAGACGGACCAUGACCGGGAAGUCAGAUGCCUUUAUGAAGAAAUGGAGCAACAGAUCAAAGCAGAAAGGGAGAGGCUAAUCUGCCAGCUGUCUCCAUCUUUGCAGGAAGCACUGAAACACAACAGGAGUAACGUGCUCCAAAAGGAACUGCGCAGCAAAGAGCAAGAGCUGGAGAAAAUCCUCUAUCGACAAAAGAAGCUGGAACAUCAGCUGCAGUCUCUGAACUCAGAGCAGCUGGAGACCCGUGUGCAGAAUGAAAAGCUCCGGCACCUGAAUGAAAACCUACUGGAGGAGCUGGAGAAAAGCAAAUGGGAGCUAGAGGCUGUCAAGGGACAACUGCAGAAGCUGCAGAAAGAGGCCCAGAAUGAGCAAGAGCAGAAGGACAGGGAUGUGUUCAGAGUCUCCAAAAACAUGCAGAAAGAGAAACAAAGCCUCCUUCGGCAGCUGGAGCUCCUCAGAGAGAUGAACAAGAAGCUUCGAGAUGAGCGUGACACUUUUGAAGCCAAGAAGCCGGCACUUCAGAGCAAAAAGCCCCUCUUGAAGAAAGGGUCAGUGCUAGGCAGUUACCUGCUGGACGACAAGCCGGUCAAACGACAAUUGGCCUCUGCGGACCUUCCUGUCACCUUCCCUAUGGAUAUGGCAGUGGAAGAACCCAACAGGAAGAACUGCAGAUACUUCUCAGGCAACGGGAUGUGGCUGAAGACAGGCGAAAGAGGCAGCACGGACUUUGGAGAGAAGAACAGAGACCAAGAGAAGUGGUCAGUGGGAGCAGAUGCUGAGAAGCUGAAGAUGGCUUUGAAGAGUGAUGCUGACUGUAGAAGAAAUGCAGAUGGGUUGGAUGAUGCUCCACUAUCUCCUAGAGGACAGCCAGUUGGUACUGAAAGCAGGCUCCAGGUGCUGGAACCUGCCAGUUGUUCCCCCGAUCGUAUCUUCAAAGUUGUGUUUGUGGGGAACUCUGGUGUUGGUAAGAGUUCCUUCAUCCAUCGCUUCUGCUAUGACAGGUUCUUGGCUGAUCUCAAUGCAACUAUCGGUAUUGAUUACCAGGUGAAGAGUCUGAUGGUGGACAACAUUCAAGUUGCAUUACAGCUGUGGGAUACAGCUGGACAAGAAAGGUUCCGGAGUAUCACCAAGCAGUAUUUCCGGAAGGCAGAUGGGAUUCUGGUGAUGUACGACAUUACGGCCGAGUGCUCCUUCAUGGCAGUGCGCAACUGGAUGAGCAGCGUCCAGGAGGGCAUUGAGGAUGGAGCUGUGGUUUUUCUGCUUGGAAAUAAAAUGGAUACCACAGGGAGAGAGACUCGGAGUGUACCCAAGGUGGAGGGAGAAAGGCUGGCGAAGGAAUACAAGGCUGUCUUCUAUGAGUGCAGCGCUAUGACUGGCUACAACAUCAUGGAGCCCAUGCUGCACAUGGCCAGGUUGCUGACAGCACAAGAAGACAGGCAGAGGGAGAAUGCCCUGCAGCUGGAAGAUGUCAGGAGGAAAGGGUGCUGCACAUAAGGAACAUCAGUAUCUCAGCAAGAGCCAAGGGUCAGCACCGUUGGAAUUCCUUCUCAGCAAGUUGAAUCUGAUGGUAUCAUGUCUGCAGAGAUUUAGGGAAUCUGCAACUUUUUCCCAUCUGGGAAUUUCAAGGCACUCAAUCAGGGCAGAAUGUGCAUAUGAUCUGUACUGUUCCCUUUCCCACCUGCAUGUCCAGCCCUGAUUAUAGGAGGCCUCUGAUCUCUUGGGGGAAUUUGGCAGGCCUUAGCAAAUGGCACAGACUUGGUCCUCUGUCCAGAGGCAUCAUUUCCAUGUAAAAUGAUGAAGUCUUGCUCCUUUAGUUUCUGGCAAAAAGGUUGUCUUGCAGCAGAGGGGAGGACACAGAGGGUGUUAAAUCGAUUAUUUUAGUAUAAGAAAUAAAGAGAUGAUUUUAAAUUUCGGCUAACUCUAGGUAGUGAAUCUUUCUCUCACUAAGAGCAGGAUUUUCUUGGCUCUAUAACAGCAAAGCCCAGCUGACAGCUUGCUGUGGUAGAUAGGGAAGCCUUUGCCUGUUCUUCUAAGAUCUGAAUCAGGCUCUGCACUUGGUUGGAAAUCUGGUUUGACUGGCCAACACUGUAGAUAACUGCUUCCAUAUGUGGAUAUAGCAUGAACUGCUAAAACCAUUCAUCCCACUGGCUUUCUUCACUGUGCUACCCUAACGAACUUCGCUACUCUCCUUCUUGUACUGUUCACAGAACACAGAGCAGUUGCCCUGGGACUCGCAGGCGACUGCUGCGCUGGUACGUGCUGCUGUUCCAUAACCUGUUGUGGGAGCUGUGCUGUAUCUACUGGGAGCCAUGUAUAGCCUGUUCUAAGGCUGAAUGCUGCCUGCUUCCUCCCAUUCUUUUAUUCUUUCCUGAAAGGUCUUCAGCAGUUAGGAGUGCACAUAUCCGCAGUACUGAAAUGUGCCCAGAUUCCACCCCGUUGGCCUGACAGCAGUGCUUUGAAAUGUACUUGGGCUGGAAGCACGAGGCAGCUGCCUCAGCUGCAACGGGUACAUAGUGAAAUUUUUGCUUUCACAGUGACCUUGUGCAUUAACCUCAAUUUCCUUAUGAAGGGCCUCAGCAAGAGAAGGGCUGCACCUAUUCCUGUUAAGAAGGAGCUUGUUUUCCACCAUGGAGUGGUGCAAAGCAGAAUGAGAAGACAUGAUGGCUGAGGAAAAGUGAUCUGAGUCACCUACUGCAUUACACAGUCUUUCCAUGGUUCCUCCCAGUGCCAUUUACUUCUAGUGGGAAAGAGGAAGAUUCUCUUCGGAAGAGCCAGGUUCCUGACUUAAAGAAAUAGCCCAAAGUACUAAGUGUCUGCUCAGUCCUUACUGCUGUGGUUCUUGCUAUUGUACAGCUGGUGAAUUUAACUGCACAAACUGACCAGGAAGCCGUACAUUAGAAGAGGUCCUGAAGAAACUAGGGCUUCUGGUUUUGAGCUUAGGUAACACCAGCAGCGCUUCCAGUGGAACUGCUAAUGUUUGCAAGAAAGGAUGUUUGUGAAGUGAAAUCUCUGUUCUUGGAAAACAUAAAACUUUAGACUGCCUUGUACCAGAUGACUGUCCAAAUGCAGAUGUGGAUUUUGUGCAUUCUAACCAAUGUGGCCAUGGAGGAGUACAGACACUGUCACCUGCUAAGUCACUAAAAUUCACUAGCUGAGUUGGAGGAGCUGCUGUCAACGAUUCAUUUGCAUCGUGCUCCAGUUGUAGGUUAAUAAGAACUGGCAAUAAGAAUUGACAUCUUCAGUGGGCACAUCAAUAACACCAAAAUUUACUUACCUGCAACAGCAUGCUGGGCAGGAUUUUGGAAGCUGCAGCAGAAGAAAAGUAUGGUAUCCAAUCUGCUAAUAUGGUUUGAAUGUGCAGCUCCCACACUGUGUAAAAAGCACAUGAAAGAUAAAGGAGUAAAGUAUACCUGGCACACACGUACCAUGCAGCAUGUGGUAAUUACCUUCCUCAGCACUGUCAUACUGCAACAGGAAGAACUACCACGUGUUUGUUUUUUGUUUGUUUUUGGUUGGUUGGUUGUUCUUAAUGUACAGUCUUAAGGAUGUUUUCUUAGCGGGCAAGCAGGGUGCAGGCAAUAAAGAAAUACUGUCUUGCAAA